AUGCAAGGGCAAUGGAAUCUCAGCCAAAAUGAAUUAGCUGAGGUUGAGAUCAUCCAGAUUUGCAUCACAGAUGAAUACUUGGAUGAUAAUCCCCUUGCAAACCAAAUGCGUUUACUCAUUUUAUCACAUUCAUUGGCAAUACGGAAAUAUUUUGCAAUAUUCCGAGAUAAAUGCCCCACAUAUUCGAAAUACCCAACAGAUUCAUCAACUGUGCUGAUUUUCAGAGAAAAAUCAAAUCAACCGGUUGAAGAUAUUCCAGAUUGGUGUGAAAUAAAACAAUGGAUAUGGACCCCUCGAUUACUAUUCACCAAUGAAAUCAUUACCGAUUUUCAAUACGCAAUAACGUUGAAACAAUUUUAUGAUUUUCGUGAUUUAGAUGUAUUAUAUUUUACAUCUUUUAUCAUGUUCAAUCAAGGUAACGCAAUACAAGAUAAUAUAUUAUAUCAAACAGUUCCUAUCCUUCGAAAUAACAAAAUUUGUUUUAGAUCUCAAGUUCAAGGCAAUAUACAAGCAAUAAUAGACGCGCCAAUAUCAAUUCUAAAAAUACCAAACAAGCAGAUAUAUGUAUUAAUGCCUCCUUUUCAAAAUCCGUUUCUUGUCAGUGAAAUUAAUGGGAAAAUAAUUAAUUUAAUUUCAAUAAAUAAAGAAACAACAGAAGUAGAUUCAUCCAAAGUACGACUUGUCAAGCUUACAGCCCCUCCAAUCGUAAUGCACAAAUAUUUUGAUUAUCCUCCAAGCGCUCACGAUCCAAAAACUCAAUUUCACUCAUCUGUGCAGCAUUCUAAGAACAAAAUAUUUUGCGAAUUUCAUACAGAAGAGCAUAUAAAUUUUACAGAAGCAGAUAUAAACGAGUUUUUUAAUUCGAAUCCAGGAGAAGACACAGAUACACGCGAAUAUAUGAGUAUAGAUUUCCCUUCACCCACAAUGGAUAGUUUUAUUGAUUUUCAAGAGCCAAAUCCAGAAUAUCGAGAAAAGAUUGCGGAAACACUAGGAUAUUACUGCUUCCCGCCAUCAGUUAAACAUGAAACAACUCUCCCCGUUGCUUCUUUCCUCUCAUUCUUCAGAUUUGACUUCGGAUUUGGAUCUCCAACCCCUCCAACUUUUUCCAAGAUCAUCACACCCCCUUCCACGCCAUUCGAAUAUGAGCGCCUUGGCAUCCCGAACCUCCUCGUCAACCACAAUGGCUUCAAAGACACAGUUCCAGCAGAUCAAGUUAUUACUCAGUGGGAAUCCCAGAUUUACAUGCCAAUUUCGGGACCAAAGAGCGGCCAUUUCGUUGUUUUCUGCGACAAAGCUCGUGGUUUGUCCAAAGAAAAUCUCGAAUCUUUUAUGUCCAUGUUCUGCCACCAGUACAACCAGUUAAACUUCGGCAACAUCUCAGAGUAUCCCAAAUGCGACCCGUAUUUUUUCACAACAGGCGCAGGAAUGGUCGAUAUCAUUGACAAAUUCUUUCAAUCCGAAAAUGUCUCUGAAUUUCAAACCGUUCCGAUUCUAUCGUUCAUUUUUGGGGUCCCUAUUUACGACCCCAAAUUUGUUCCACGUUCCAUUCUGACGUACAUCAGGACAGGCACCGUUGCGAGUGCAAAUGAAGAAGAACUGAAAACACUUGCAUUUGUUGUUUACUCAAGAAUCAGAACUAUGUCAUCCGCACCUUACGGAAUGUACCACAUUACUACUCGAGAGUCAGCCACGCUGUUUUUCGGGUUCAGGUACCAACCACCUUUUUUGUUGCCACAUGAUGACACUAAACCCGCUUAUAUACACAUUGCAUGGGAUCCUAAAACACAUUUAAUUGCAUGGAUUGAUUGUAUUGGAUCAAUUUUACAAGUACAGCCUGUUGACAACAUAGAAACGAUUAUAUCGAGAAUCAUUGAUGUCUCGCAGUUGUUGUCAUCACAUCCUAUCAAGUUCACAUUGACUAUUUUGGCCGAGAACCUUCAGAAUCAGUUGCUAAAUGAAGUGAAAGUGAAAAUGUCAAAUUUCCAAAUUGCUGUUUUUUCAUGUUUCACUUCACCUCAGAUACAAAUCAACAUUCCAGACUAUAUAAAAGACGACAUAAUUGUUUUCGCACCGCCAGAGACACAGUUCACACUGGAGAAUGAUAUUGCUGAGCCAUUGUCGUCUUGUUUCGUGAUAAGUUCCACUUUGCCUCCUUACCAAUUAUCUGUUUACCAGUGUUUUGAUGAUUUACCAAAAGUUUCUUUGAAAAAGUUCGCUACGUCUAUGUCCAUGCUGUCGUGGCUGUCGGUGAAACCACACUGCGAAUUGAGGACUGUUUCUUCCCCACCUCAUAUUUGCGCUUUGUUGAGGAAGAACAAUAAUUUGACUGACUUGAUUUCUAGAUAUGAAUUUUUACCUAUGGUAGAGAAAGUAUAA